CCAAAUUCUACACCGUCCGAUCACACCUCAUUGCCCCCAUCACUACCGUCCGAUCACUCACACGUGCCAGCAACAACUUCUUUUAUCUCCUCCCUCUCUCAAAACAUUAAUGUAAACGUAAAAUUCCUCUAGGGUUUCAUUCAGCCGUCAAAUUUCACAACGGCGAAUUCAAUUCCAUCUUCACAUUUGUUAUAUUUGGAGAAAAAGUUGGAAGAAUUAUUCACUUUUUGGCCAUAAAAAUAUGGAGAAGGAGCUGAUUGAGCUGUUCGAUACGGUAAAACGAGCUGCCGAUGCAGCUGCUGUAGACGGCGGUGCAGAUUCGUCGCCGGAGGAGAGUAGGUGUCUUGAUGUCUUGAAGGAGCUUAAGAAGUUUCCUGUCAAUUAUCAAGUCCUUGUAUCUUCACAGGUGGGAAAACGUCUUCGACAAUUGGCAAAACAUCCGAGGGAGAAGAUCCAGGCGUUGGCAUCUGAUGUGGUUCAGAACUGGAAGAAUAUAAUUGUAAAAGAAACUCUGAAAAAUAAGAACAGCUAUGGAGUGAACGGGGAAUCUGUAAAAGAUGAAUGUGCCGGUUCUACUGCUAAUGGAGCCACUAAAUCUCAAAGAGCGGAGUCGGUCAAGGUUGAAAAGGUGUCUAGGUUUGAUAAUGUAAAAGUUGAGAGAACGACUUCAAAAUCUGAGAAAGUAGUAAAGUCAGAAAGUUCCUUUGCUGAGAAAAAGGUUGAGCGUGUUAGUGUUGCGAAGAGUGAAAAGAGUAAUUCUACUGUGGCAAGUGCUGCUCCGCCGAAGUUGGGCGCUCUAAUUUAUUGCAAGGAUUCUGUGAGGGACAAAGUCCGGGAAAUCCUUGCAGAAGCUUUAUGCAAAGUCGCAGGUGAAGUUGAUGAGGAUUUGAGGGAUGAGGUUAAUUUAUGUGAUCCAUAUAGAGUUGCAGUUCUGGUAGAAACUGCAAUGUUUGAGAAGUGGGGUAGAUCUAAUGGUGCCCAGAAGUUCAAGUAUAGGUCUAUAAUGUUUAACAUUAAGGAUCAAAACAAUCAAGAUUUCCGGAGAAAAGUCCUUCUUGGGAAGUUUCCUCUUCAUCGUAUAACUGAACUGACACCAGAAGAAAUGGCAAGCGAGGAAAGGCAAAAGCAGAAUGAGAAAAUUAAAGAAAAAGCGUUAUUCAAUAGCGAACGUGGACUUCCUGCACAGGCUAGUACUGAUAAGUUCAAGUGUGGUAGGUGUAGAAAGAAUCAAUGCACCUACUAUCAGAUGCAAACGCGGAGUGCAGAUGAACCUAUGACCACUUACGUGACAUGUGUGAACUGCCAAAAUCGUUGGAAGUUCUGUUAAAUUCGAGCCAGUGUGUCCAUGUAUCACUUACUGGCAUUACAUUGUGAGCUUCAUAGAUAGGUACCUUCUCUUAACCAUGAUGUAGUUCGUAGUUCAUUUUUUCAUUUUCUCCGUGGAGGCGAUCUCAAUAUGCACGCAUGUGAUCGCCGAGGUUUUUUAUUGCUGUGGGAUGUUAUGACAUUGUAUUUUUCUCAUUCCUAGGAUAAAAAAAUUUGCUCGACAGAAAA